AAGACCAACGUAAAAAUAAAUAUUCCUAUUGAAGCAUGUUAGAUUGAUAAAAUAAGAUAAAAUAUAUCAAACAUUUUUGAUUUGUUCUCCACAGUACUAUAUGGAGCUGACGUUCACUCAGGCGGCAAAGGGAGUGAACAAGGAGUUUUCUGUUAACAUCGAAGCAGCCUGCCAGCGCUGUGACGGUAAGGGCCACGAGCCAGGCACCAAAGUCCAGCACUGCAACCACUGCAACGGCUCCGGCAUGGAGACCGUGAACACAGGUCCGUUUGUGAUGCGCUCCACAUGUCGUCGUUGUGGAGGCAAAGGCACGGUCAUCUCCACCCCGUGUAACACCUGUCGUGGGGUGGGACAGACCAAGCAGAAGAAGACUGUGACGGUUCCUGUGCCUGCAGGAGUGGAGGAUGGUCAGACAGUCAGAAUGCCAGUUGGUAAGAAGGAGAUCUUCAUCACAUUCAGAGUCCAGAAAAGUCCAGUGUUCAGGAGGGACGGUGCAGACGUCCACUCUGACCUUCUUAUCUCCGUGGCACAAGCUAUCCUGGGCGGCACAGCCAGGGCACAGGGCCUUUAUGAAACACUAAACUUAUCAAUCCCUGCGGGCAUCCAGGCAGACCAGAGGAUUCGUCAUUCAGGGAAGGGGAUCGCUCGAAUCGGUGGUUAUGGCUACGGAGACCAUUAUGUCCAUGUCAAAAUAAAAGUACCCAAGACGCUGACUGACCGACAAAGAACUCUGCUAACAAGCUACGCAGAAGACGAGACGGAAGUAGAAGGGACGGUGAAUGGAGUCACUAACACCACCACAGGAAAAAGGUCAUCCUAUAACUGAGAAGCUUCAUCAGUCCAUCAAAGGACAGAAGAGCGGACUACAUAAAGCAAACACAGCUCAUAUUAAAGAAACAGGUGUUUGAGGACUAGUGGGUGUUGGAUAAGUCCUGAAAAGGUUUUGGACAGAUCAGUAAAAACCUACAUACCCAGACCCUGCAAAAGACGGAGCAUCACCUGCUGAAUCCACAUACAAGAGGAGGUUCCAAUGUGCCGUUAGGACAAGUGUCCGUCGUGUUCAUUUGGGCGGCAAAGACUUCUUUAAAAUAGCAUUCAUGUCUCGUUGGUUUUCUGUUGAUCCACAUUAAAAGAUAUUAUAGUGAUAACAGAAUUCAGGUGCACAGAAAUUAAGUGGUGUAUUGACAAAGAUUUAAUCAAAAGUUUUUAUUAUGAAUUAAAUCGACCCCGUUAUUUGUUCGUUAAGCCUUGAUUAGGUUUCAUUAAUGCUCCAAUUUCCUCCACAAUUCACAACACUCUAUGCUAGCAAGUUGAACAUCACGUCAGUCAUGCUCUCAUGGUUUACCUAUAAGUUGAAGUGUUUGAGAAAAGGUGUGUCUGCAAUGGAAGUAGAAGUUUGGCUCCUGAACUAUGAAAACCAAACUGUCCCACCUUUAACACUUUGAAUUAUGUCGUUUGUACAUAUAGUUGUGUAACCUACAAGAGAAAUACUGUACAUUAUAAUAAAGAUAUGGUCUGGGAAAAGCUUCUGUUUUAAAUCACCACCACAGA